CACUCACUGGAUAGCUCAGUCUUUAUGACGUAGUACGCACGAGUGAAUGGGCGGGGCGACGUAAAGGUUCUAACGCGGGAAUAUACAAACGUUCUUGAAGAGCGUAGAAUCUCGCUGCUCGGCCGGAGUUCGAGUUUUCUAUCAGAACGUUGUUGUAGUAACUUUGUCUGAACGCUCACCAGUUCAGUUGGUCUGCUCGACAGAGAGCGGGCGAUCUCCACUCACGUUAUACACAUCCAGCAUCGUUUAAAAGAGAAUAUUGCCGGCUUUUGAGACAAAGCGAUCAGAAAACACAUGGAUCACUGUGAGAGGCAAGAGGAGAGGAAACCUCUUACAACCCACACGUGUUUUGGACAGUAUGCAUACACUGCCGAGGAGUAUCAGGCAGUCCAGAAUGCUCUACGGCAGAAACUCGGACCUGAAUACAUCAGCACCAGACAGGCUGGAGGAGGGCAAAAAGUGUGCUAUAUUGAAGGUCACAGAGUUAUAAGUCUGGCCAAUGAGAUGUUUGGUUAUAAUGGAUGGUCGCACUCAAUAUCUCAACAAAAUGUUGACUUUGUGGACCUGAUCAAUGGGAAGUUUUAUGUUGGAGUCAGUGCCUUUGUGAAGGUUCAGUUAAAGGACGGCUCGUACCAUGAGGAUGUAGGGUAUGGGGUGAGCGAAGGCCUCAAAUCUAAAGCUCUGUCACUGGAAAAAGCAAGAAAAGAAGCCGUCACAGAUGGACUGAAAAGAGCACUCAAGUGUUUUGGAAAUGCACUUGGAAAUUGUAUUCUGAAUAAGGAGUAUCUCAUAGCCAUCAAUAAAAUACCAAAACAGCCACCUCCUCCAUUAGACAUGGACAAAACCAAACGCAGGGACGGUGAGCCAUCCGUGGAGAAGGCCAGGUUCGACAGCCUGGCCCGAGCCAACAGCAGGGAAUUUAUCAAACUAGCGGAACCAGCCAGCAUCCCCUCAGAGCGGAUAGAAAGUCACCCUGUACGAGGACUGCAUGAGAGCGGCGCUGGAUCCAGGACUUCAUUGACAAUCACGGCAGCACAUUCUGGCAACACAUCAGCUCACCAGGACUCUGAAAACAGGCCCAGCAACACCUCAAGGUCAGCAGCUGACAUGGCUGACCUGUCCUCGUCCGAUCCUCCUCUGGACUCCAAGCAGCAGAGGAAGCUGAGACAGCAGCAGCUGCAGCAGAAGUUCAGACAGGAAAUGGAGGCUAAGCUGCUGCUUCAGAAGCAGAAAACCCAACAGUCCAACGCUUCCGCUGAGCCGCUACCGCUGCAGUCUAAGCAAGGACAGGCUGUAGGUCCUGUUAACCACAGUACACCAAACGGACACCUGGUGACAACUAAGCAGGAGGAGUAUCUGGCUGAUGACCCGGAAUUAUGGGACUUCACUCUGGAUGGCAUCGAUAUGCUCGAUGAUCCCGCAACGGGCUCCACAGAACCUCCCCGUCCCACGACACCGAGCCAGCACAAGAUGAUGACACGCAGCAAGACCCCGCAGAGAGUCCAGUCCCUGAGACCACCAGCUCAACCUCAGGGCCAUGUUGUUCCUCAAGGCCAGGGAGGAUAUGGCCAGUACAGAUCCUCAGACAUGAGAACUACAGCAGAAGCAGGUGGACCACAGAGCCCAUACAGACACGGCCAAAUCAUGAAGAAACGAAGACUGGACACGUAAUGAAUUUAACUAUAGUUUUCUUUUAGAAAUCUUUUUAGAUUUGUUUUAUACCAAUUUGUGAAUAUGAAAAGCUAAUAAAUAUGUGUUUAAUCUGUAAUGUAAAUCAAAACAGAAGCAGGACUUAUUUUAUUUCUGAUUUUCUGAGAAUAAAAAUCUGGAAUGAAUUGAAACAUUUCACUAUUUUUUACUGGUAGCUAUUGGCAGGGGGAUGUGAAAACUGCGAGUAAAAUUCUGCAAAUCUUUGAAAGAAAAAGCACAAUGUUGUGGGAGGAGGAAGUGUCCAAAAUGUUUUAUUAAGCAUUUUAAUAUAUAUUUAUAUAUACAUUUUUUUUUGUUUUAACACAAAACCAUAGAUAAGUCACCAAAAGGACCCUGGAUGGAAACUUUGAAAGAAAACAUCAGCAGCAAUUUUUGACCCCACAAAUGUAAUGCUGUUUACUCUGGGAAUAUGUGAGUUAUGGAUUGUGAAACCAUUCAGCUUUCAGAAUUUCAGUCAUGUGACGGGAUCGUGUGACUAUGAUAAGUGGUAUUUCAGUGGUUUUAACUGUGUCCAAAUGUGGUUUUGGUCAAUUACAAAGGAUUCAAAUCUGUGAACUCAAGUAUCAAAAGUAACAAAUAAACACUCCCUGGUUGGUUAAACCUUUAAAUGCUGUUUUCUGCAUUGCAGUAACAUUUACCUUCUCUAGAGAAGUCUAGCGGAUCAUUUUAGAGGUGACAUCCGCAAACAAUUGGCACUCAAUUUGUGGUAUAGAAAAAAAUGGUUUGGGGGAGUGAUAUAACAAACUGUUAAUGAGUUGCUAUAACAAACUGUUAAUGAGUUGCUAUAGUUUAAUACUGUACUUCUAUGUUGCUGCAGUCAAAUGCACCAUAUUUUCACCACAAAGAUCAAGUAUUUAAUUUACUACAGCAAGGGCUUUGAUGGUUGUGUGACAUUUUAAAGAUGGGGAAGACAUUAUCCUGUGGUUUAAGGCUAGCUUAAUUCAAAUUGAAAGCAACAUGCGAUUGGACGAAAACAAAUGUGCUUUCACACAGGAUGCUCACUCAUCCAAAUUAAGCAUUCUAUCCACUUACAUACAAGGGUUUGGACGUGGACUAGUGGUGAAUGUCUAUAUAAGAUACACUGUAUUAUUGUAAGCUCAUCAUAAAACGAUAU